CACCACUCAAUGCAAGUCAAUGGUUCUUGAUACUGAUACUCACUACUGUAGCAAUAAUAUACCCAUACCAUACUCGCCAUGCUUUCACUUCCAAACCUUGCUCCUCAAGAUGUAGGUUUCUUGUCCCUUUCCUCUCUUCAAUUGAUGUUACGGUUGGUUACAUGCUAACGAAGCCGUGCAGUCGUACACACUAUGGUACACCUCAUCUAGUUCUACCAUUUCCUCUCACAGCCAUGAUCCCAAUUCCUCUGAUCACCUUGGCGCAUCUCCUCAUGGUCAAAAUGCCCAAUCCAACCCCCAGAGACGGCAACAAGCCUUGCACCGCCAUCCGCUCGCGCGAUUGCGACUAGACGAAGAAUACAUCGAGCGACGAAAACAAAAUAUACAAAACUAUGGCAAUUCAUGGAUCAAACCACCUGGCAUUCCCAAGUCGCUGUACCAAUUGCGCGAGGAAAAAAGAGAAAUGGAGGAGCAUCAAGAGGCGCUAAGACGAGAACAGCUUGCGCAGGAGCUUGCCGAGGCGGAAGCGGAGGCAGAAGCAGAAGCUACUAAUGCGCUUUUGCGGGCUGAGGCUGCGGAAGGAGAGGACGAGGAGGAAGUCAGAGAUCUUGACGACGAUAUUCCGGAAGCAGACGCAACUGCCAUGACAUAUGACGACCCGGACGAAUCGGAGGAGGAAGAAGACGAAGAUGACGACGAAGAAGAGAGUCAAAUGAUCGAGGAGGUCCCCAGAGGAGUAUUAGCUGCGCGGCUACCCGACGACGUCUACAGAGAGGCUUUGGUGCGUGGAGAAGAACCAAGAGCUUCGAGGUUUGGCGACGAGGGAGAUUCUACCGUUGAUGGGGAAGAUCCAUCGCAAAUGCUACAGGAAGAGGAUCUUGUGCAUGAAGUGGUGCCAAUGCACGGUGACGAAGAUAUGGACAUGGACGCGGAUCUCGACGCAGAAAUCCCAGAUGCUGAUGAAGGAGGUUAUGAGCACACUGACACAGAAGCAGAACUUAGCAGCAGCAGCAGCUCAAGCGAAGAUGAAGAGAGUUUGGACGAGAACCCACUGCCCCCGAACGGUCAAACCCAGUCAAGUAUGGUUCGAAGUGACGGAACCCAGAAUAGUAUGGAUUUGAGUGGCAUGCUCUCAAAUAAUAGCAGUCAUUUUGGGAGCAGUCCACAGCAGAUCUCUACUAGACGUCUUCGAAGAGGACCAUGAGCUUUCCACAUGUUGAAGGAAACCAAACACCGAUGGUAUUGUUGUCUUUUGAAGUCAUUCAUGGACGUGGAAUCUGUAUCUUCUCAAGCCCUGGCGUGCUCAGAAGAGCCUGUAACUAGUAAAAAAAAUGAAGUAUAUGUACGAAGCAAAAGGUAUC